UGGCAUAAGAGUGGAAAUCCCCACUACUCCCAGACACAGAGCAGACUCUUUUUCAAUAAACUAUCAGUAAUUCAUACUUCGCUAAACUGAACCAAGAAGCCUACAUCGAUUUGCACACGAUUGACCAAGUUUCAACAAAUCACACCAAAUGCAGAUGGCGCUGCCGCUGCCCAGCAGCCCGGCACUGGACUUGAUCGGUAAUGACAGCCUGCAGGACUGGGAGGUGAUUGGUGGAGGGGGAUUUGGACAGAUCCACAAGGCCAGGCAUAUCAAGUGGAGGUUCGAUGUGGCCAUCAAGUUGCUGCAUUAUGACGAUGGCUCUAGCACUUCCCUGCUUAAGGAGGUACAGAAUAUGCAGAAGGGAGGGAGCCCCCACGUGGUGAGGAUUCUGGGGGUGUACCAGGGGUGCCCUCCCUCUCCAGGUAGAGGCCUCUCCACCCAGCUGGGUAUUGUGAUGGAGUUAAUGAACAUAGGCUCCCUGGCCACCCUCCAGGCCAGCCUCUCUGGCCCCCCACCCUGGCCCCUGGCCUUCUGCCUGGCCCACCAGAUCGCUCUGGGAAUGAACUUCCUUCACAACCUUCCUCAGCCACUUCUGCAUCGCGACCUGAAGCCCAAUAACGUGCUGCUGGAUGACAACCUUAAUGCAAAGCUUACAGAUUUUGGCCUUGCUGAAGUCUCCCAUAGUGUUUUGGAGAUGUCCAGAGAAGAGCCUGGGAAGGAAGGAGGCACUCUAAGCUACAUGCCCCCUGAGGCUUUUGAAUCAUCGUAUGAACCAACUCGAGCCACUGACAUCUACAGUUACGGCAUACUGCUGUGGUCCAUCUUCACUGGAAAAGUGCCCUAUUAUGCAGAUAACCCUCAUCUCCAGUCCAGUAUGGUGAGGUUCCGGGUCCCCUUGGGCGACAGGCCUCCUCUGGAGGCAGUGGACAGGGACCAGGCUGGUGGGCUGGGGGAGAUGGUGGACCUCAUGGUGAAUUGCUGGGACCAACAGCCUUCUAAUAGACCCCAUUUCCUGGAUUGCCUCACUGUGACAGAGAGAACAUAUGAGAGGCACAAGCAAUCAAUAAACGACGUUGUCCAUCAAGUGCUCCUCAAACUGGAGGAGGAGAGGAUGAGAAGACAGGAGGAGGAGAGGAUGAGAAAACAGGAGGAGGAGAGGAUGAGAAGACAGGAGGAAGAGGAGAGAGAGAGACAGGAGGAUGAGAGGAUGAGGAGACAGGAGGAGGAGGAGAAAGAGAGACAGAAAACUGGUCUAGCUCAUCUGAGGAUAGUUCUGGUGGGGAAGACUGGAGCAGGGAAGAGCGCAACAGGAAAUACCAUCCUGGGUGGGGAGGGGUUUAAAGAAGACUCCUCCCCUGAGUCUGUGACUGCUCAGUGUGAGAAACAGAGUGGAGAGGUGGAUGGAAGGAAGAUUGAUGUGAUUGACACGCCAGGACACUUUGACACGUCAGUGACUAUAGAGAAAAUGAAAGGUGAACUAGAACGGUGCUUCUACAUGUCAGUCCCGGGACCCCAUGUGUUCCUGCUGGUGAUCAGACUGGGGAGGUUCACAGAUGAGGAGAGGAACACUGUGAAGUGGAUCCAGGACAACUUUGGAGAAGAAGCCUCAAAGUACACCAUGGUGCUGUUCACUGGAGGAGACCAGCUGAGAAAAAAAUCUGUUGAGCAGUUUGUAGGAGAAAGUGUUAACCUCCAGGAUCUCAUCAGCAAAUGUGGAGGUGGAUAUCACUCUGUCAUCAAUGACAGUGACAGUAGCGCCAACCCUGACCAAGUCCCAGAGCUGCUGAAGAAGAUAGAGGAGAUGGUGAAGAGGAACGGAGGACAACACUACACCAACGAGGUGUACCAGAAGGUCCAGAGGAAGAUCGAAGAAGAGGAGGAGAGGAAGAGAGAGGAGGAGAGGAAGAAAAAAGAGGAAGAAUUGAAGAAACAAGAGGAGGCGAUCAGGAAGCGUGAAGAGGAGGUGAGGAGAGAGGAGGAAAUAAAGAGAGAGGAGGAGUUGAGGAAGAUAGAAGAGGAGAGACAGGAGGAGAGGAGGAAGGUGGAAGAGGAGACGAGGAAGAUGGAAGAGGAGAGACAGGAGGAGAGGAGGAAGGUGGAAGAGGAGACGAGGAAGAUGGAAGAGGAGAGACAGGAGGAGAGGAGGAAGAUGGAAGAGGAGAGGAGGAAGAUUGAAGAGGAGAGGGGGAAGAUGGAAAAUGAGAGGGGGAAGAUGGAAAAGAAGAGGAGGAAGAGGAGCAGGAGAAAUUGGUUCGAACGGCUUUUCAACCUUUAACCUUGUUGUGGCCAGCACCAUGUCCUAACCCACUGAAUGGAACUGUAUGUACUUUCAUCUUUAUACAAACAUUAACCAGACUUUUACUGUCAUAACAUGGCAUAAUCAUACCAAUCUUCAACUUUCCUUUCACAUUAAAUCCCUGUUCUUCAAUAAAUACAAAAAACAUGCUGAUUAUUACCUAACUGGGUCGUUGAUUGUAGACUUUACUAUCUGUAGGAAGGUAAUUCACUCUGGAUAAAACAUAAAUAUGCUGUCUGUAUCUAUGACUGUAUAUGGCUCAGCUAAUGAUAAACGUACCUCACCCUCCUGUGAGCUGCAGUCACCAGCACCAUCUCCCACCUACAUUCUGCUUUUUUUUCUGGUCAUUAGUGUCCACUGUCCACCAAUGUUAUUUAAGCAAUAACUCUCCUGUGACGAUCUGAAGGAUCAGGUUACAGUGGGUCUGCUCUCUCUCGUAGAGGGGAAUGUCAUGACUCUCCUGUGACGAUCUGAAGGAUCAGGUUACAGUGGGUCGGCUCUAUAGCCUGCUCUCUCUCGUAGAGGGGGAAUGUCUGCUCUACAGCCUGCUCUCUCUCGCAGAGGGGAGAGCGGGAAGUCGGCUGUUUUAUGGUCGGUCAUAAGAUACGCUGCCCCUACACUCUGCAGUGUUCGAGAUUGGAUUGUAAACUGUGGAACACAGAGAGACACUUGGACAUCAAAAGUUUGAUUAAUUAAACAAUAUUUCUACUUUUGAGAAUGUGGCAAUGGUCCGUGGACACUAAGGGACAGUCAUGACGAGCGUGUUUCAUUUGGUGAUCUCAUGAAGGACAGGAAACAAACAUUACUGUAUCUCUGUUUGUGUCCACUUUCAAGGUUUACAUCUACAUUUUGUGAAACUUAUGUGAUUAAACAUGAAACUAUUUGUGAAAAGAUGUAAUGUGAUGUUAACCUUCUAAAUGAGAAAAUAUGGGUUUUCAUAUAAAGUUAACCAGGUCAGUGGCCACGCCCACGUGAUCAUAGACAUUACAUCAGCGUCUUGGACCGCCCUUUUCUCAGAAGUGUAUAAAACCCUGGCGAAAUUUACAUUAGACCAGACAGCGUGCAGCGAUGGCUACACGGCUGGAAAUGGUUAAACUCUCAGACUAUAGAUGGCCACAGAAUAAGAGCAAAUACUAGCUGUUCAUGUGUAAACGAUUAGCAUUUUAAUGAAUAUAAUUAUCAACUGCGUGUAGUGAAUCCAUUUAGUUUUUCCCGCUCUUUUAUCUGUCCCCACCCCUUUCCAUUGUCUACCAAGCCGUCAUACCGGUUUAGCCCACCUAGGGACUUAUCAAUGCAUUGCGUUAGUAACCAAUAACUGCUUGUUUGUUAUGUAUUUCUGUGAUUAUUUAGUUAGUUAGUAAAUAAAUAAUUAAGCCAA